AACUAUUGAGCUUAUCGUGUUAUCGCGCACUUGAAAAUUUUAUUCCUCACCGUGAGAAAAAUUAUCUGAUAGAUUCUUUAAUGAUAAUACGUUCACUCUGUAAAAGAAGAUAACUUGGUAAUCCUGAUACUACAAUUAAAUACAGUGCAAUUACUCGUGUUUAAAUCAUUUAUAAUUGAAAAAUGAAAUGUUAGUACGAAUUCAAUCGUUGUUAAUAUAUGUUGCGCUCGUUUUAUCUUAUUUAUACAACGAGAACUAUGCGAAAAAUACGAACGAAUUUGUUGGAGCUGUACGAAACUUGAGUGUGAAAUUUUUACAAGGUUGGAACUAUAAAGAAAAGCACGAUGCGUACAAGUUCUUAAAAUUGAAUAUAUCUUGGUUGCCACCAAAUAGCAUUAAGCAGCCGUCUUCUUAUAGCGUCAUAGUCACAGGGACACCAAUAAGGGGAAAGAAUGUCGCAGAAUGCCCAAAAGGAUCAUUUUUCUCUAUAUUAAAGGGUAACGCAAAACACAACAUAGUCUUCCCUGAAUACAAUGAUUUAUUUAAUAUCCCAGAUCUAUAUAUACAACCUAACUGUUCGUACAAGGUACAAGUCUUUGCCAAUCCAAGAUCAAAAUAUGUACUAAAUGCACCUGAAGUAGUGUAUACAGUCCCAAGUAAUUGUGUUAAUGCCAAUACAACACUACCAAUUCCAAAAGUAAACACUUUUCAAAGAGAGGAUGAGAUUGUUGUAACUUGGAGCCCAACUUUUAACACAUCCAACGUUCAAUAUUAUAAAAUAAGCAUUGGUAUACCGCUCUUUUUAUCAAAGAAUGGGUUACCUGUAUAUAAUAUGACAGAAUUAGCACUAAUACCUGCAAAUAAAACUAUAUUUUCGUGGGAUUUAAAAGCUAAUAAUCGGCACGCAAAGAUUAAAAAUGGCUACAAAAUAGUAGUCAAUGCUGUCAAUCAUCAUGGAUGCACUGGAUCAGCAGAAGAUAUCAUUAUACACUCCGUAUCACCGACGAACCGCAAUAUAUGGCUUAUAUCAAUUGGAAUAUCAACUAGUUGUGUUCUAUUUGGAAUUGCAAGCUUCCUAUUGUAUCGCAACUAUAAUUUCUUUAUAAUACGUAAAAGUAGUAAGCCUGGAAUGCACACAAUUUCUGGAUAUAAAUGUAAAUUGACAAGAACGAUACUUCGAGCGUACAACGCUUUGUAUAUUAAAUAUGAAUCAGAAGAAGGAUAUAUAGUAGAUACAGAUAAUUUGAAAGUGCCAUUUAAAAGUGUAAGACUAAUGCGUGAAUUAGGUACUGGACACUUUGGAAAAGUAUAUCUCGGUCAUUUGGAUGAUAAAGAUAAAACUUUGGUCGCUGUGAAAAUGUCUCAACAAACAGAUAUAUCCAAGGAUUCUGAAACACGGCAAGAAUUUAUAAAAGAAAUUGAAAUAAUGAGAAUAGCUGGGAAUCAUCCUCAUUUAGUAAGCCUCGUAGGCUACUGCGUUCAACCUACAGAACCGACAUGUAUCGUGCUUGAAUAUAUGCAAGGUGGAGAUUUAUUAACCUACUUGCACGAUCAAAGGAACCAACAAUUUUUGUACGACUCUAUGUAUUCUACCAUGCAGAACAAAACAAAUAAUUACAAGUCUGACCAAUAUACAAAUAUUGCCAAUAAUUGUAGAGAAGGGAUUGAUGUUUCAAAAACUUUGUACGCCACGAUGUGUUCUGUGAUAUGGAAUAAAAUAAAUAGUUUCAAAUCUAGACAAUAUACAAACAUUACUAGUAAUUAUAGAGAAGCAAUAGAUAAUAAAGAAAAUUGGAUUGGUAGAAUAAAAGGGCAUCAGUUUUUAAAAUUUGCUACAGAGAUUGCUGCAGGUAUGGAACAUUUGGAAGCUAAAAGGAUUACUCACAGAGAUCUCGCGGCAAGGAAUAUUCUUCUUAGUGCAAAUUUGACUGUCAAGAUUUCUGACUUUGGGCUUUCUCGCAAUGGUAUAUACAUAAUAAAAAACGCGGAAGAAAAGACACAUCAUCUCCCAAUUAGAUGGAUGUCGCCAGAAGCUUUGUAUAAAUUAGCCUUCUCUUCGAAAAGUGACGUGUGGUCUUUUGGAGUGGUACUUUGGGAAAUUUGUACGUUAGGCGAUUUCCCUUAUGCGAAUGUACAAGAUGAUCGUAUAUUCCGUCACAUCGUUCACGAGAACGGACGUUUGGAACAACCAGACAACGUUCCUCCGAGUAUUUACAACUUGAUGCAAUCUUGUUGGGUUACAGAGUGCGAGAACAGACCUAAUUUUACGCGACUGCUCUCCGAGCUACGAAUUCUAACCGCAUCCUCCAACAAUUCAUUCCGAACAAUACCUAACCCUUGUUACGCACUAGCAUACCCAGAAAAAUUCACAUAAUCUAUUCUACUCUGCACAUUUAUUUCUACACUUCUACUAACCAUUUCCAACUAUUCUUAUACGUUUAAAUACUCCAAACUUUAAAAAAUACAUAAUUAGACAAAAGAAAAAAAAGUAAAUACUACUUACGUUAUUUUAUUUAUCCUACCUAUCUAACGCAUCCACGGACGUCUAUCGAGUUACAAUUUUUAGACGCAAUGCAUCUAAAAAUUAACGACUCCGUUGUAAUAAUAAAAUACACUGUUUUUGCUUCAAACAAAUAAAAUACAAAUAAAUUUCACUUCUCGUUUUUUCAAAAACUCCAUAUUAUGCAAAUCAUCAGUAUUAAAGAGAGUGUAAGUAAAA